AGACAGCACAUCUAAUGGCAACUGGGGGCGUGUACCUGCCACCGAGAGAAAUAUAACUGGAGGAAGUACAGGAGCCAUGUCUCUGUCCAAGAUCCUUACGGAAGAUUUCCUUACAUGCAGCAUAUGUCAUGAAAAGUUCAAAGACCCUAAAGUCCUCAGCUGUGCCCAUACGUUUUGCCAGCAUUGCCUCCAAGACCAUUUGGACAGAAAUUGUCAAGGUCAGCCUCGCUUCCCUUGUCCUAUCUGUAGACGUCACUGUGUCCUCCCUGGAGGCGGUGUAAGUGGUUUACAAACAAAUCACCUUCUGCUCAGCAUAUCACACACACAUGGUCAAGUAGAACAAGCCAAGGCUGCCAAGAAAUGCAAGAUAUGUUGCAUGAAAAAUGUCUCCAACCCACCAACGGCAACAAAACGAUGUUUGGACUGUGAGGAAAGCAUGUGUGGAGAUUGUUCUUCGGAUCAUGUGCUUCAUAACUUCAGUCGUGACCACAAGCUGUUUCCUGUCGACCAGUUUGACAGCGACGAAUACGUGACAGAGCUGCGUGCCCGGCAAAAAUUCCUGUGUGACCACAACAACAAAGACCCCGUAGAAAUCUACUGUCCAGUGUGUAAACAGUUCAUCUGUGUCGGUUGUAUGGUUUUAGAACACCAAUGGCUGCCUUAG